AGAUCGAGGGAUUGGGACGGUCUUCUCAUCGAACCUCAUCCAGGGCGCUACAGACAACUACGUCAGAAACACAGAAAAGCCUUAACAUUAAGGACAUGCGUCAGGAGUAAUUCAAGUAAACCUGAAAAAGAAUUCGAAGACGCCAUUGAAGGACACAUAAAGGUUCCAUGUUUGUGGUUGGAAUCCAUACUGAAUGCACUGGGUAAAAAUACAGUUGAUCUGCUCAGUGUAGAUGCCAGAGACCAAGAAAUGGAAAUUCUUAAAGCUAUACCUUUAUCUAAAUAUUCCAUUAAUGUGAUCACCGUGGAAUUUGUAGAAGGAUCAGGAAGUGACAUGUCUGUGAUGAAAUAUUUACUGGACCAUGGUUACCAUGCCAACCACCAAUUCGUCAAUCAUCCCCUACACAGAAAUGACAUGGUAUUUACCAGGAAAAAAUCAAGCUAGACAGACAGAAUCACAGUAUAGAAAUCAUUUAGAUGAAUGAACACUAUCUGCAAUUCUCUGAAUAAAAGGAAAGUUUGAAUGGAUUGCACACAUGAAUGUCUCAUAUCAAGUUUGCUGCUUCAUCAAGCUAUGAGUUUUAUCAUAAGCUUAAUUUUGUAUAUGGUCAUUUCAUAAAUUUUAAACUGCAAUAAAAAUGUAUAUUAACUAAAUAUAUUUCACAUCAUUUAACUUUUGUCUAUAUUAUGUGUGUAGAACAUGCUUGUCGCGUAUGAGCCUAUGUUUGGCUAUUUUAAAUGCAUUUUCAAUAUGCAUAGAGGUGACCGGUAGGUCGUGUGUUCGAAUCAUUACUGCGAAUGACCCAAAUCGAUAAAAAUUAGGUAGCAAUUGUUCUUUCGUACAGGGUUCGGCUCUUUCAAGUUAAAGUUGCGGGUCUCUCGGAUGAGACCUUAAAAACCUAGGCCCCGGUACGCACAGACACGAUAAAGAAUCUUACUG